AUGGAUAUACUCCUUUAUUUACUGUUGGUUGUUGGCAAGGCUGUCACUAAGAAAGGUGAGCUUUUUGCAUUGUAUAUUUCUAUCAUAUUUGCCUCAGCAAAUUCAGUUACACAACACUCACUUAUAUGUGUGUUGUAAGUAACUGUUAUUACCGAUGUGUAUAUUAUAAACUAAUACUUACCAGUAAACUACUUACAAACCUUUUACAAAACCGUUUGUGAAUCCUUUAUAAACUAUAACUUCUAUUCCUCCAACUUCUAUUCCCAAGGGGUGAAAUGUGGCGGGAUCCUCUCCGCCUCUUCCGGCAACAUCUCCAGCCCAAACUACCCAGGUCUGUACCCGUACAACAUCCAGUGUGUGUGGCUGAUUGUAGUGGCCGAGGGGUCCUCUGUCCUGCUCACCUUCCGCCACUUUGAGUUGGAGUAUCACGCCGCCUGCUCCUACGACUACGUCAAGAUCUAUAACGGUGUGUCCGAGGAUGAGGGGAACCUACUGGGGACGUUCUGUGGUGACGUGUCCCCUCCUCGGUUCACCUCCUCCUGGAAUGUUAUGUCGAUCAUUUUCCACUCCGAUCGUCAUGUGGCUCACAGAGGGUUCUCUGUGGGCUACAGGAAAGGUGAGCUUUCACUUCCUCUCACAGGAUAACCAAAGCCAUUAAAUAUAAACGUAUGCCUCUGCUGAAUACAGCCACUCAAACCUCACAGUAACCCACAACAACAAGGAACAAGACCUUGAGUAAUUGGAUCAGGUGUGUUAACUUAAGAGCUCGGCUGGAACAAAAUCCUGCAAAACCUUGUCACCCACCCGUGUCUUAUUCCUCUCUUUCACCCCUCUCCCCUAGAUGUGUGUGGUGGGGUCCUUACCGGUCUGUCUGGCAUCAUCUCUAGCCCAGGCUACAGUCCAGAUACCCAGUACAGCAACAACGCCGACUGUUCCUGGACGGUCCAUGUGUCCAACCGCAGCGUGGUCAGUCUGGUCUUCCUUGACUUCCAGGUAUGUUCUCUAACAUGUGAAGAGAAAUCGAUGCAUCCCAAAUGGUACCCCAUUUAUCUAUAUUAGUUCCCUACUUUUGACCAGAGCCCGGGCACUAUAUAGGGAAUAAGGAGACAACUGGGACACACAUACUGUAAGUCUCUAAGUAUCCCCGAUGGAGCCAACUGGGACGCACAUACUGUAAGUCUCUAAGUAUCCCUGAUGGAGCCAACUGGGACACACAUACUGUAAGUCUCUAAGUAUCCCUGAUGGAGCCAACUUGGACACACAUACUGUAAGUCUCUAAGUAUCCCUGAUGGAGCCAACUGGGACACACAUCCUGUAAGUGUCUUAGUAUCCCUGAUGGGUCAUAAAUAUGACGUGACAAAAUAAAAUAUAAUUCAUUCCAGCUUGAGAACAACGAGGGCUGUAAUUUUGACUUCGUGGCUCUCUUCGACGGCCCGACCGUCACUCACAGACACCUGGGGAACUACUGUGGAGGGGAGAAGCCUCCUAAGAUUGUUACUACCUCCAACCAGCUCCUGGUGGUGUUCAAGUCUGACUUCAACAUCGGGGGACGAGGGUUCAAGGCUUACUACUACUCAGGUAGGUAGGACGGUGGAGGACAUAUACUACGGGUGUACUGACCACUAGGUCACUCCCUCAUGGCUGUCCUGUACUAUCCUGAGGUCCAUGGGGAGAGAUUAAACUGUCCUGUACUAUCCUGAGGUCCAUGGGGAGAGAUUAAACUGUCCUGUACUAUCCUGAGGUCCAUGGGGUGAGAUUAAACUGUCCUGUACUAUCCUGAGGUCCAUGGGGUGAGAUUAAACUGUCCUGUACUAUCCUGAGGUCCAUGGGGAGAGAUUAAACUGUCCUGUACUAUGCUGAGGUCCAUGGGGUGAGAUUAAACUGUCCUGUACUAUUCUGAGGUCCAUGGGGUGAGAUUAAACUGUCCUGUACUAUCCUGAGGUCCAUGGGGUGAGAUUAAACUGUCCUGUACUAUCCUGAGGUCCAUGGGGUGAGAUUAAACUGUCCUGUACUAUACCUGAGGUCCAUGGGGUGAGAUUAAACUGUCCUGUACUAUACUGAGGUCCAUGGGGUGAGAUUAAACUGUCCUGUACUAUCCUGAGGUCCAUGGGGUGAGAUUAAACUGUCCUGUACUAUCCUGAGGUCCAUGGGGUGAGAUUAAACUGUCCUGUACUAUCCUGAGGUCCAUGGUGUGAGAUUAAACUGUCCUGUACUAUCCUGAGGUCCAUGGGGUGAGAUUAAACUGUCCUGUACUAUACUGAGGUCCAUGGGGAGAGAUUAAACUGUCCUGUACUACCCUGAGGUCCAUGGGGUGAGAUUAAACUGUCCUGUACUAUACUGAGGUCCAUGGGGAGAUUACACUGCACAUUCACUGACACCAGGGUUGUGUUCAGUAGGGAGAAAAUGUUUUGAAACGGUAAAGGUACUAGCUGAACCUAUUCAGUAACAACACAUCUUUAGUUACAUUUUUGCUACGGUGUGACCUACUUAAGACAACCCUGUUUUGCCUCAUAUGUCUGUCUGACAGGUGAAUGCCAGCAGGUGCUGUCUGCACCAAGUGCUAACUUCACCAGCCCCCACUACCCUAACAUCUACCCCGAACAACAUCAAGUGUCACUGGACCAUCAACCUGGCCAGGGGCUACCGCAUCAAACUGUUCUUCAACGCUAUGGAGCUGGAGGACAGGAACAGCCUAUCAGACGAGUGCGACUACGACUCUGUAGCUGUGCAUGAUGGGAGCAGAGAGAAAGACCCAUUGCUAGGGCGAUGGUGUGGCUCGGAACAACCCGGGUCUCUGAUCUCUAAGAACAACAACAUGCUGGUGGUCCUCAGUACAGACAGGAACUCAGCUUAUAGAGGGUUCUCUGCUUCCUAUGUAGGAGGUGAGUGUCUGAACUGAAGCAAGGUUGCUGAAACGUAUCCAAACUAUCACGUUUUUUAAAAAAAAAAAAUUUAUUUAAUCAUUCAAGAGACAAGUGCAAAUACAAACGUGUGUGUCCGUGCGUGUGUUAUGUCUCCACCUCAUUCCCAGUGGUACCAGUUAACAUCAGCUGUACGAGGACAGAGUUCACCAUCCAUAUCUCCCAGCAGUCACUGCCUGGGCUGAACCGUGAGAGUAUCUUUCUGGGGGAUCGCUCCUGUACCUCCCAGCUGACACCUACCACAUAUAAGAUACUGGCACGCUUCGAAAAAUGUGGCACUGCAGGCCAGGUAACCAACUACCCACUGGUUGAUUCAACAUUGUUUCCAUUUGAUUUAAAAUUACAUUGAGCCAACGUGGAAUAGACGUUGAAUUGACGUCUGUGCCUAGUGGGUAGCCACUGGCAUGAUGACGCCAGUUUAAAGCUGUUUACAACUGUUCAUUUGACAUGAAUUUUUGUGGUUGUUUUUUCUUCUUCAUUUGUCCAUUUUAUUGAAGCGAUAGGACAGUGUAGAAGGGAAUUGAGGAUACUAGAGGAUGUGACAAAAUAGCAGUGGUCACAAGCAUAUGAUGUCUGUUUGCUGUCCAUCUGUAUAACCCUGACCCUGACCCUUAACCUCUGACCCCUGUCAUCUGACCAGCCACGGCGUAACAUCACCAUGCUGGUGAACACGCUCUACAUCGACUUCUCCGACGGGAAGGGGCGGAGCGUCCAGGAGUACGAGGUACAGUGCGACGCCCAGCGCAAGAUGGCCACCAUUCACAUCGUCUCAGCCGAGGAGCACCAGAGGAUGAACGAGCUGGCCCGACGCCAAGCAGAGGGGUCCGGGGGAGGGGGAGGGAAGGAGGCAGACCCAGAGCCUCACGACCCCAGUGAUAUAGUGUUUAUUAGCAUCUGUGUGCUGGCUGUUGUUCUGAUGGUGAUCGCUGUAAUCUGGCUGGUACUGCUUUAG